GGGCAGGGACUAGAGUGCAAAUUAAGCUGGGUGUGGGUGUGGGUCUGGGUCUGGGUGGAAGAGGAAAAGGAUCUGUGUGUGAUCGACACGACAGAUCGGCAUCGGCGGGCAGGGUAGAGUGAGAUGGCCGCCGCCACCGCCGCGGUUUUUGCGCUGUUGAUGGCGUCGGCGCUCGCUGGGGCUGCGGCCGGCGGCGACAUCGUUCACCACGACGACGAGGCCCCCAAGAUUCCAGGAUGCUCCAACGACUUCAUCCUGGUCAAAGUGCAAAGUUGGGUCAACGGCAAAGAGGAUGAUGAGUAUGUUGGUGUUGGUGCUCGGUUUGGCCCGCAAAUAGUGUCCAAGGAGAAACAUGCAAAUCGAACUAGACUUAUGUUGGCAGAUCCUAUUGAUUGUUGCACUUCUCCAAAAGAAAAGGUUUCUGGAGAUAUUCUUCUAGUCCAAAGAGGGAAAUGCAAGUUCACGAAAAAAGCAAAGUUUGCAGAAGCUGCUGGUGCUUCUGGUAUAAUAAUCAUAAACCAUGUCCAUGAGCUGUACAAGAUGGUCUGUGAAAAGAAUGAAACAGAUCUUGAUAUAAAUAUACCUGCAGUUCUUCUUCCAAGAGAUGCUGGCUUCGCUUUACAUACGGUUCUUACCAGUGGUAACUCAGUUUCUGUGCAGCAAUACUCUCCAGAUCGUCCUGUAGUUGAUACUGCAGAGGUAUUCCUUUGGCUUAUGGCUGUUGGUACUGUCCUUUGUGCAUCAUACUGGUCCGCAUGGAGUGCUAGAGAAGCACUUUGUGAACAAGAGAAGCUCCUCAAGGACGGACGUGAAGUUUUACUAAAUGUUGAGAAUGGAAGUUCUAGUGGCAUGAUAGAUAUCAAUGUGGCAUCAGCCAUAAUGUUUGUAGUGGUCGCGUCAUGCUUCUUAAUAAUGCUUUACAAGAUGAUGUCUUCCUGGUUUGUGGAGCUACUGGUGGUAAUUUUUUGCGUCGGUGGUGUUGAGGGCCUGCAAACAUGCCUAGUGGCUCUAUUAUCAAGGUGGUUUAGAGCUGCUUCAGAAUCCUUUUUUAAAGUGCCAUUCUUUGGAGCUGUUUCAUACCUUACUCUUGCAGUUUCCCCAUUUUGCAUUGUAUUUGCUGUUCUUUGGGCUGUUCACCGUCAUUUCACCUAUGCCUGGAUUGGACAAGAUAUCCUUGGUAUUGCACUGAUAAUUACUGUUAUCCAAAUUGUUAGAGUACCUAACCUCAAGGUGGGUUCAGUUCUCCUCAGCUGUGCCUUCUUUUAUGACAUCUUCUGGGUGUUUGUCUCCAAGAGAUGGUUUCAUGAGAGCGUGAUGAUCGUGGUAGCUCGUGGUGACAAGACUGAUGAAGACGGCGUCCCCAUGUUACUAAAAAUUCCACGAAUGUUUGAUCCAUGGGGAGGAUACAGCAUCAUUGGAUUCGGUGACAUCCUUCUACCUGGGCUGUUAGUUGCAUUUGCAUUAAGAUAUGAUUGGGCUGCCAAGAAAAGCUUGCAAACUGGUUACUUUUUGUGGUCAAUGGUGGCCUAUGGUUCUGGACUCCUUAUUACAUAUGUCGCCUUGAACCUUAUGGACGGACAUGGCCAACCUGCACUUCUCUACAUAGUGCCCUUCACACUUGGUGCGCUGAUAUCACUUGGGUGGAAAAGAGGAGAACUGUGGAACCUAUGGUCCAAAGGGGAGCCAGAGAGAGUAUGCCCUCAUCACAUGCAUAUGCAGCCUCAGCCGAAGACGCCCCCACUAGUCCAGUAGAUCCGUCAUCUUGUUAAUUAGUACUGUAGCUAUCCGUCACCAGCUGCAUCCGUUUGCCUAAGCGAGCUUAAUGGUGUAAAAAAUCGUCUCCUGCAUGUUCUUAAUUAGUAAGUAUUAAUCUCAAUGAGUUGGUCGUUUGCUGCUUCUCUAUAGUGAAAGAUGUUUUUGGUUCGAUAAACUAGUCAUGAGUAGAAUUCUCUGUAAUUUACAACUACAGAAGAGAAGGGAACUAUAUAUGCAAGCUUAUGGUUGAUAGGAAAAUGUUUAUCGGUUUUUUC